GCAACAAUUUCUGAUACGCUUAAGUUUUCUCAGAUUUCACAAAGAGAUAAAUCUCCAAGUUAUAUUAGCAAUCCCUUUUACAGAAGAUCGAAAAUGGCCUCCCGUGAUCAGAGCUACAGAACCGGUGAAACCAAGGGCCGAGCUGAGGAGAAAACCGGCCAGACGAUGGGAUCAGUGAGGGAGAAGGCGGAAGCGGCAAAGGACAAGACCCAUGAGAAAACCCAAGAAGGAAAGGACAAGACCUAUGAGACAGCCCAAGGUGUGAAAGAGAAGACCUCAAGCACAGCCCAAUCGGCCAAGGAAAAGGCGGCGGAAGCGGCCCAAGCAGCGCGGGAGAAGGCCGAGGCCGGGAAGGAGAAGACCGGUGGGGCUCUCCAAAAGACUGGAGAGCAGGUGAAGCAGAUGGCGCAAGGUGCAGCUGAUGCAGUGAAGCAUACCUUUGGCAUGGGCAAAGAUAAUGAGGAUGUUGGGGAUGAUGCCCCUUCUUAUAAGCAGCAGGGGUACAAUAAGGACUAGUUUGGGAGUCUUUUAAUGGCCAGCUUGUUUUUGCUGUGUUUUCUUAUCGAUCUGAUCAUGAAGUACUGUUUAUUUAGUUGUAUUAGGGCAUGCAUGCAGUUUUUAUCAAAGACCUUUACUACUCCCAUUAAGUACUAGUACUGAAAGGGAUUGUUGUAUUUGGUUCUUUUUAAUUAAUGUAAUUUCAGCUUCAAAAGAAAUGCAAUGGGUAUUUCUCUCA